ACAUUGCGCGACGGAAAGAACGAGGACAGCUUGGCGCUCGGACUGCUGCCACCCCCCCUCGCUGUCGAGCAUAGACACUCAUGGCAUGACCAGCGACGAAGGGCAGGAUCAGCCCACGCCUCUCAGCGAGCGUCGGGUCUUCCUCAAGCGCCGUGACUCGACGACGGGCGACGAGACUGAGGACAUUGACGAUCGUCCCCAUGGAGCCGCACUCGCUCCCUUCCAGCUGUCUCACGACCCGAGCGUGCGCUGGUUCUACUCACCCGCCUCGCUCACCAGCUGGGGUCUCGCCGCUGCCUUUGCCGCCCUCGUCGCCUACAACUCUGAGAAUCUCUCCUUUCCGGACAGGCUCAAACGUCACCUGGGUCUGCUGGCGGCAGCAGCGGCCUUUCUACUCUUCGUCGUCGUCAAUUGCCGCGAUGGUCCCUUUGCACGCCCCCACCCGGCUCUCUGGCGUCUCGUGCUAGGCUGCAAUCUCAUCUAUGCUCUCGUGCUGUGCUACGCCUGUUUUCAGGACAAGGAGCACGCAAGAGACUUGCUGCGAACGUUUGAUAGCUCGAUAGGCGCGCCUCUGCCCGAGAAGUCAUACGCAGAGAACUGUGCUUUCACGCCAAGUAACGUCUGGGCGAAUAUUGACAUCUUCUGCCUCGCACACACGCUCGGUUGGUUCCUCAAGAGCAUGAUCCUGCGCGAUUUCUGGCUCUGCACGAUCCUGUCAGUCGUCUUUGAGUUCUGCGAGCUCAGCCUGGAACAUCAGCUCGAGAACUUCAAGGAGUGUUGGUGGGACCAUCUCAUCCUCGAUGUCCUCGUCUGCAACCUCGUUGGUACCUACAUCGGCAUGAAGACGUGCGCCUACCUCAAAGUCACCCCCUUCUCCUGGCGUGGCCUCAGUACGCGAUCGAGGGGGAUCAAGUCCCGACUGAAGGUCUUUACGCCGUAUGACUGGACGAGCUUCGAGUGGGCCUCGACCAAGCGAUUCCGAAACUACCUUUCCACCGUGCUGCUGCUCGCCUUCUUUCUCGUAGCCGAGCUCAAUGUCUUCUAUCUGAAGUUUCUCAUCAGAUUGGCGCCAGAGCACCCCCUCGUUAUCAUCCGGCUCGGGCUCUUUGCACUGGCAGCCUUCCCGGCAGCUCGCGAGUUCUAUGAAUACACAACACACGGCAAGAAGGUCAAGAGGAUGGGCUCUCACGCUUGGCUUCUGCUCGCCACCGUCAUACUCGAAGGACUCUGCAUCAUCAAAUGGUCCACGGGCGAGUUUCCGGAACCUGCGCCUUUGCAUGUCAAGCUCUUCUGGACCUUUGUUGGAGUCUCGCUUGUCGUCUACCCUAUUCGCAAAUUCGGCUUCAGACGACCGUCAUCUCCCAAAGCAAUACGAGCGUCGCCUAAGAAACAACAGUGAUCCAAGGCCGAGGCUGGGCACUGCGCCUGGCUACUUCGCGCUCGUAUGCUGACGCUUCGACGAGCAUACCCCGAAGGACGAGCUCAUCCAAACGAGGCCAGGCAAGCCACGAGCUAUAAGCGAGCUCGGGCUCAAGCCAGGACGAAUGACUCAAGUUGAGUGUCUCUAGCGCUGGCGUCGAUGCUGCCAGUUUCUUGAGCAAUAAAUGAGUGUCAAUAUGGUCAGAUUUCCGGAGGGCUCCCAUCGAUAGUGCUCUCAGAGGCAGACGAGCGAGGACAUUGAUCAGACUAGCGUUGAGAGUGAUGUAUUCCAUGCCCGCCAA